CUGAGCAAUCCACUUCUGUAUCUUUCUCUGUGUUUAGUCUUCCCCGUCAUCUGGCAGCGAGGCAGCUCGCAGUGCUUCUGCUGUAGAGGACGGCGGGUGAGUCGUCGCAGGCAGACGAGGACAGGCCGGUCCAAUAUUUUUGUCUUCAUACUUGUCUUCGAGUCUUCUGUCCAUCACAGCGACGAGAGAUCUGUCUGCAAUCUUGUGGAUUUUACCUCAGUGGCAGUGAUACCUGGGAAGGAGAGGGAAACCCUCCCGGAUGACCUAUGCUCCUCUCGUCGGUGCCCCAACAACCAUGAACAAGAUGAAGAACUUCAAGAGGCGUUUCUCCCUUUCUGUUCCCCGGACUGAGACCAUUGAGGAGAACGAGUUCACAGAGCAGAUAAACCAGCUCAACAUCCGCCACACUGAGGGCCUGACACCGGAUAGGCUUGGUCCUCCAUCUCAUGAUGCCAGUCCAUUGAGUCCCGAGCCAAUGACGCCGGAAGCCCAGUCACCUUCACAGCCAGACCUCCACGACAAGGCCGAGCACAAGCGUUUCUCCGUAGAGGGCGUCACUAAGCGCAUGUCUCUGCCCAUGGACAUCCGCCUGCCUCCGGAGUUCCUCAAGAAGCUGCAGCUGGAGAGUGAGAACCCACCGCUCUGCAAACCCAUCAGCCGCAUGUCUCGGCGUGCUUCCCUGUCCGACAUCGGCUUUGGGAAACUGGAGACGUACGUGAAGCUCGGCAAACUGGGCGAGGGGACGUAUGCCACAGUGUUCAAAGGGCGAAGCAAGCUAACAGAAAACCUGGUGGCGUUGAAGGAGAUCCGGCUGGAGCACGAGGAGGGAGCACCUUGCACUGCUAUCAGAGAAGUAUCCCUACUGAAGAACCUGAAACACGCCAACAUCGUCACUCUGCACGACAUCAUCCACACGGACCGCUGCCUCACUCUGGUGUUCGAGUAUCUUGACAGUGACCUGAAACAGUACUUGGACAACUGUGGGAAUCUCAUGAGCAUGCAUAACGUCAAGAUUUUUAUGUUCCAACUCCUGCGUGGUCUGUCCUACUGUCAUAAGAGAAAAAUCCUCCACAGAGACUUAAAGCCUCAGAACCUGCUUAUCAACGACAAGGGAGAGCUGAAACUAGCCGACUUUGGACUUGCGAGGGCCAAGUCCGUCCCUACCAAGACCUACUCCAAUGAGGUGGUAACUCUAUGGUAUCGACCCCCUGAUGUGUUGCUGGGCUCUACAGAAUACUCCACACCAAUCGACAUGUGGGGUAUGGGCUGUAUCCUGUACGAGAUGGCAACCGGUCGUCCCAUGUUUCCUGGUGCCACAGUGAAGGAGGAGCUACACUUAGUUUUCAGGCUUCUCGGUACUCCAACAGAAGAUACCUGGCCAGGGAUUAGUAGUAAUGAGGAAUUUAGGUCUUAUCUCUUUCCUCAAUACAGACCUCAAGCUCUCAUCAACCAUGUGCCAAGAUUGGACACGGAGGGGAUCGACCUGCUAUCUGCUCUACUGCUGUAUGACACCAGAAGGAGAAUCACCUCGGAAGACGCUCUACGCCACUCUUACUUCCUGAGUCUGGGGAAUAAUAUACACAAUUUGGCAGAUACUGCUUCAGUGUUUUCCCUCAGAGAGCUCCAGCUCCAGAAGGACCCAGGCCACCGCAGCUCAGUGUUUCAGCCUCUAGGUCGAGGAAAGAACCGAAGGCAAAGCAUCUUCUAGAGGACUCGGGGAAGGGUCGGAGCCACGCGUAGACGGGAAGCUGCCUUUUCCUGACCACAGUCCAGAAGCCAAGACAGCUCAGCACAUUCGAGAGCAUGCUCACCUGCAUUACGUCUCAUUUCCAAGGCAGCUGACCAUGAAGACACAAAUGGUUUCUCAGUAUAUACUUGUACUGCAUUUGACUCAGCUGAGAUACACUCUCCCUCCACACACAUAGCCUACAGUACAUUUGCACACAUUUUGCACAAUCACCCACAGUGAAUACUUUGCCAUUACUUAGUUGCACACACCAGUGAUUUAUUUAUCCCAUUGAUACAGACAUACAUGCAUUUCUGACCAAGAUCUCAGCCAUAAGGGUCCAAACUAAACCCGCCUUGCAUACACAUACAUCAAGCAUGUGUAGUUUCCAUCCAGGGCACGCCGACGGCUGUGGCCAUUCAGGGUGGCCACCACAUCUGGAGCCAUCAUUCAGUCUCAGUUGUACAGACAGAAGGUGUGUGGUGCACGUUGAGAUCAGUUCAGUUCAGAGUGAAGACUAGUGGGUUCGGCUUGUUUUGAAAAAGUACUGAAUGUUUGCCGUACUAAAGUUUAGGCUUCUUUUCACGCAACCAAACCGCGAGAAAAAUAGGUUUACGUUUCUCCAAACUAUACUAUACGUUCAACAUCGACAUUUCUAGACCAAAAAAAACGUAACAAUAAAACGUAAUCCAGUAACCAACCGUAAUGACGUAACAACCUACGUGACAACCGUAGCAACAGAAGUUACGUAAGGAAUUAACAACCGCCCUUAGCGGGCUAUCAAUAUCUAAAUGUGAGGUCAGAGAUACAUUUUGGCUUCUCGCAGGACACAAAAAGUGGUCUCUUGAAUAAAAUUACAAUGGUUGUAAUGUAGUGAUAACUUUUAAUCAAUUUUCUUUUUUGCAUUUGUAUCAAUUUUAUUUCCUGACAUUAAAAUCGGGGGAUCCAAAGCCUUCUCAGCAUUGAAAGUAAUUCUAGAUGAGAAAUACUGAGGAUUUUAUGUUUUAUUCUGUCAUACCAGAAGUCACAUUUUAACAUUUUAAUAUUUAAUGUAAAAUAAUAUUUAAAUAAGGGAGUCAAAGUUACCUCAUGUUGCUUAAACCUCCCAAUGAACAGAGGGAACUUGGCAACAGUAGCAGAGGCCUUUGGCCAAGGAGUUUGUUAGCUAUGAAUGAGCUGACUGGGUAACUAAGGAGCCAGCUUCUUAAACGGUUGAAUAAUAAAGCGUCAACCUCAGAGUGCUUUUGCUAAUGCAUUACAUCAGCUAGCUGUGAUGAAACUACCAAUAUGGCAGCAAUGGGUACGUUGGGUCAUCCAGAAGUCUUAUAGUUGAAUAUACACAAGGACUGUAAACACUGAAGAAGUAGUACACUGUUCAUUUACACUUCUACUCACAAGAAACCAACAUGGAACCCAUGAAAUCUGAUGUCCUCGUGGACGUGAGAUGUUGUAAUAUUGAUCCACGUUGAAGGCCUUGCUGAAGCGCCACGUUCUUUCAACUCACUGUGGGGUUGUGUUCCACUGUUGAGAGCUCACACUCCCUCCAGUUCUUGAAGUUGCCUUAGUAAACUGUGCAUGAAAUCUUGGCUUUGUGAAGAAUCUAUAUUUGAUCUAGUGUAGCCAAUAAGGCAUUCGCUUUGUGUGUGUAAUUCUUAGUCUCCUAUUUGCACAAACCAAAAGUGUCCUCUGCUUCCUUCCCUUUGUGUCUUAUGUGGUUUCACGACAUACCAAAACCCCUUAACCCUAGAACCAGUCAACUGGGAAAGUAUGUCUAACAAUCCAUCACUUUCUGGUAGCAAAUCUCUCUCCGUAGUACUCACCAUUACCCCUUACCUCUUGCACAGCUCUGUUGCCACGGACCAUCUUUGGGCUGUGUGUCUAUAAUUGGCAGUGUAGAUAAGUACAGACAGACAGACGAUACUAGAAAGUCUACUUAACUGCAGAAGUAAAACGUUCAAAUCAUCCUUCUACAAUGUCCUUCGUAGUUCCCUUACGACUGAAGCCAGAGGUUGUGCAUAAUGUAUGCCAUGGAAGAUGAACCGCCCUCCCCACACAAAAGUGAUGGGGGCUCUCGGCAAAGUUGCACUCUGCCUUUACCACCUCCCCAUCCGCAUUACCUGGGUGGACAUCCCAAGUCAGUCGGAGGCCAAAUUACUUGCAUUUUAUCUUGACGCAGAAGGUUUGAUUGUUGGAACUGUUUUAACACUCGGUUAAUGUAGCAAAACAAUAAGAUGUCGGUAUAGGAAACAACAAAUAUUUUAACUACCUGCCACUUUGUAGUUAAGACAACGCAAAUACUUCAGCUUGUAAAACUGUUGCAGUUAGGAUUAUAAGACAAAACUACUUGGCUAGGGUUAGAGACGUCUGUUACAUAUCUUAAAUAUUGUUAGUACUUACUAUUGUUAGUAAAAAUAACUGAACAUUCUCUUUCACAAAACAACACCACCUAAGGUCCCCUGAGUGAAAGUCCUGUGUUUAUUUGACCCGUGCGCUACCCAUCCCUCGCAGCCUUAGCUGAGAAUUCCUCCCUAAUGCUAAGGGGUCGGUCCGAACAUCUAUUAGGUUUACCGCGGCGGGGGGCUAAACGCCUGCCGCAUCUCAUGCAGAUGCUAAAGGGUGGCUUCAUGGUACCAAGAAUGCCAAGCCAACUGACCAAGCGGCGGUAUUUGACUCUUUGGAAGUGAGACCAGGCAGGCAAAGCGACCAGAGGCGUCGGUUCGAGUUUGAGUGUGUUACGUUACCCGUGCUUUCACCUGGAGCACUACAGAAUGGUGUUUGUGCAGGUCAGGGGAGGACAAUGUUCUUCUACGAUUAAAGGGGCGCGAUAGCAGAAAGAUUGUUCUACCUCUGAAGGUGACUAAAGUCAGAAUCAUGUUGUGUGCAAGGGAAGGUGAAGGCAACAGGGAGAGAAAUUUAGGAGAAAACACGCCGAGACCUCAGAGGGAUCUCUAGCUGUGGAUGUUACACUUCCAACCUCCUCCUUCCUUCAGUGGCAGAAGUAUUACUCUUUGUUUAGUCGUGGUAAAUGACGCUAUUUUAAGUACUGUAAUGAAACAUAAAUAACAUAUAUAUGUAUUUUAACAGAUGUUUUCAUCUUUCGCAGUGAGUUUUUUGCCGUUAAAAAGAUAGAACACUAUUUAAGAUUAAAUAAAGAAGAUGUUUAAAUGUUUUAUAAAAGAUACAAUUUAGAUUUUGUAUAAGAUGUGAUAUUUUGCGUGAUUUGUCUACACUGUUACAAAAUGAGAAAUUUUAUGUAAUGUGACAGCUAUCGGGCAUAUAAUUGAUGGAACAAUGGAUUUGCAAAUGAAUAAAUAAACUAUUGAAAUUAUGGCACACAAAA